AUGCGGCAGGCCUCUGGUCCAGACAUACCCGAACUUGACAUUCGUACCGUGCCCACGCCAGAGAUGAACCGCAUUGCACAUCGGUCUAGUGUCGACAAAGCACUUAUGUAUAUCCGCAAUGAGUAUGUCCGGAGACUGGCGAAAGUACCAGGCAAACCUAUUCACUUAUUCAACGUGGUUGACAAGGCCACUCCAUCACUGCGCUUCCGGUACAUUUCUGAGUACGUUCUGGAUGAGCAGCAAGGCGUCUACCGCGCGUCAGUAGAAACACAGCAAGGAUGCCAGCAGUGUUCACCCCACAUGGGCCGUGAUAUCGGAUGCGAAUACACAAAGAGGUGUGACUGUCUGGAAUACGCUGCUGUGGACGAAAGCCGCCUUGAUGAAGAGACCAAGCGAGAGUACCAACUUGCGCUCGAAAACGGAGAUUCGACAAUGGGGUUUCCCAAGAAAUUCCCUUACUUCGCCGAGGGCACCAAACGAGAGAAAACCGGCUGUCUCGUACCUUUCUAUCUUAACUCCCGUCGUCCAAUCUACGAGUGCAACGAUAGGUGCAAAUGCGGCCCCAAGUGCCGCAAUAAGAACGUUCAGUUCGGGCGACAAGUUGAAGUUGAGAUAUUCCGAGCGAACGACGGGCGUGGCUGGGGUCUCCGGUGCAAACAAGAUCUCCACGAAGGCCAAUUCAUCGAUACCUACCGCGGCGAAGUAAUAACAGAUGCCGAAGCCACGCGCCGCGAAACCUCGUCGUCAAAAGCAAAAGCGUCCUACCUCUACUCUCUCGACAAGUUCGCUGAGUCAGAAGGCCUCAAAGAAGAAGAUCUCUACGUUGUGGAUGGCGAGUUCAUGGGCGGACCAACGAAGUUCAUCAACCACUCGUGUGACCCGAAUUGCCGGCAGUACACUGUCUCCUACAAUAAGCACGACCCGAGAGUUUAUGACAUCGCGUUCUUUGCACGAAGAUUCAUUCCUAAGGGCGAGGAACUGACGUUUGACUACCUUGAUAAGGAAGAGGGGGAGGAGAUGGAUGAGCCGGACCGCGAGGAUACGCCUGAUCCGCCGGUGGUGGAUUACCUUGACCGACUCCGAGAUGACCUGUUGGAACGACUCCGUUGGGACGUUUUCGGCUCGUUGAACGACAUCCAAGUCAAAGAUCCUGGAAAUGCUCUCACGCCCUUCAUGGGCGCCAGCAUCGCCUCAGAGUCCUUGGCAAGUCCCCCGUUCACCAAAAUCUCGGUCUACAUCGACGUCUGCGAGGAGAAACGCAACAUGGACGAGCAAGAGGAGGAAGACCGAUACGCUGCCCCAGAGCCGCUGAUCAUCGACAAGGAGGAUGGCUCUUUCAUAUCCUUACAUGAUUUUGUCUCGCAAGUCCACUCAUACCUUAAUGUCAAUAAGGAAGAGAUUAUGCAGUGCGAAGACGAACUGUACGUGAACCCGGUGGACUUGGGCGACGGUGUCAAAGCGGUGGAAGUCGUCCCUGAUGAUGAUGACAGGGACUGGGCAGAUGGAUCUGGAGAAGACCACGAGUUCAGUCAUUUCCUUCGAAGCGGCAACAUCCCAGAAGGGAGUCGAGUCUUUUUCGAUAGGGCUAUGAUCAACCAAAUCGAUCAAGACGAAUAUAGUAUUCACGUGUUCAUACCAUACACCGUGAGGUACCUGAAGGCUCAGCCCACCCAUCUGGAACUUGACCCUGAUGAUGCAUCUGGUCUUCACGCGACCGGCCCCGCGGCACCUGACAGUGUGGUUGCGGUACACGGCUACGUACCCGAGAUCGCAUUCGCUGACAAGUGGGUUAUACUUUGCGCCGUGAUCACCGUUUUUGCGCUGCCACAAAAGCUACGGCUUAUUCCCAACACAACAAACGAGGGAAAGACACAAGACGAAGAAGGCAUACCAUACGUCCAACUCAACGACGAAUACGACACAACCCUACGGUUAUCAUGGACAAACGAUCCAAAGAAACUGUACUUGUCUGCGUGUUUCAACCCGAAGCGGGAGGCGAAUGUUGCAAAAGACUACAACAUUGAGGGUCUCUGUCCAGUGGUCAAAGAAACCAAAGGCGAUGAAUUCAUACUACGGGACAACGACGGCCGGUAUUAUCUUUGGGACGCAUGGGUUGGUGAGUUGAUGAAGUUCCGGGACUGGUGGAUCGAAGGCUUUACGACAAAAGAAGAGCUAGUGGAGAAUCUCGUGUGCAACAUGACAGAAGCGCAAGCGGACGUGGAAUUCAUCGAGCGGAAGCGUAGAGACAGUGUGGUAGACUAG